UUUUUAAGUCAAAUGUCCGUAUUUACAUUCUGGCGUGUUUUUAAAUGUCUUACUUACAACACGGCUCUGUCAUUGCUAUAUUUGCUGUCAUGAAGACGAAAUGUCAAAAUAUAGUUUGAGAGGUCUGAGGAGUGCAUGUGGUGACAUGGGGCUGUGUUACAAGCUGUUAUACGUGGUAUUUUCGCUGUUAUUUGCGAGCGAUGUUGCGAGGGCGACCGAUGAAAACCGGGCUCGAAACGACGAACCAGGCCCGUGUAAUGCCUGUAAAGUCUUCGCGGAGUCCUUUGAGAAGGGUCUACACCGCACAGCGCCCGUCUUUGCUAGUCGGAGCCAAGAACGACUAACAAACAUCCUGCAGGGUGUGUGUGAGGAGGCCCGUUACAAAAACAAGUGCCUUGAGACCGCUGGCGUGGCCCGGGCACACACCGAACACUGGUGGCUGCAAGAUGAGCCUGCGGAGUUCUUUCAAUACAUUUGUAUCGACAAACUUGAGGUAUGUUGUCCAAAGCACCACUAUGGGCGGGCUUGCCAGCCGUGCUUGCGCGACGCUGGGGGUGCGGUGUGCGGAGCGCAUGGACGCUGCCGGGGCGACGGCACGAGACUAGGCAACGGGACUUGCCACUGCGACGCUGGUUACAAGGGCGAGCUGUGUGAGGACUGUGUUACUGGGUACUACAAGUCGUCAGAAGAUUCUGGUCCGGAGUGCAAGCGCUGCCAUUACUCGUGUACGGGCGGCUGCCGCGGCGGGGCGCCACUGGACUGCGUCGCUUGCCGACCGGGCUUCACGUUCGAGCCUGACGUCGGUUGCCAUGACAACAAUGAGUGCAACGACAUCAAUAUUUGUGCCAAAAACGAGUUCUGUCUCAACUCGGCCGGAUCCUACAAGUGUAUGGCGUGCGACCGCGCGUGCAAGGGUUGCUAUGGUGACAGCCCGGACAUGUGUCGAAAAUGCGCAAAAGGGUACUCUAAAAAGGGCGACAUGUGCGUUCGCGAGCGAGAGGACGAGGAAUUUGACCAGAUGACCACCACCAGAGUAGAUGAUGUGAAACGUCUUGAUAACGGAUGAACUGCGAUACAUGACAUACUUAGGCUUGCUGGUAGCAGGCGGGGUCCUAUGGGGCCGCGCGCCUGCGCUCGCGGCCGGAGUUGGAGCCCUAACGCUAUCCUACAUCGCGCUCGCUGAAUAUUACUGCAGGAUCAGCGGACAUGCCUCAUUAUUAGACUACCCGCUUUUUACUAUUUAAAUAAACUUAACACAACUA